AUGAAGAUAAAAAAGAUGAAUAUGGUCUCUGUUAAAAAUCUUGAUCCACUUUAUAAGAUAUUUGAUUGGGUAAAGAAGCAGAAAACUCCUAGCAUAGAAGACUUAAAGAUUCCCAACUGGAUCACUGGGUGGCUAGAUUCACAGAUGAACUGGCCAGCCAAGCCACAAUUUGAAAAAACAGUCGCAUACUUUACUGAAAAUAUUUCAACCAGAAAUUAUAUUUCGGGCUAUAUUGUAAAGCAGUUUGUUCUCUUUCACAGAGCACCAGGCGUAUGCACAGCAAAAAUAAUUAUUGGAACUUUUAAAAAAGACUUUAUUAUGUUUCGGAACCGGCUGCAUAGACUUAAUGUACAAAUCUCGCUCAGCACAGUAAAGAUGCCAUGCGCACAAAAAGAGUUAAAUGCACUUCUAUAAAAUAUUUCUACCUUCUUAUAUAUAAUCCAAAGUACAGUUCUCUUACAAAUAUUAGUACAAAAAUAAAAUUAAAGCAUAGGCGAAUUAAGCAGUGCUUUUCGGGUUAUUUCGAGGUAUAGGCAUCUAAAUAAAUUAUUGAGCUGCACAAAAACAUAUCAUAGUGUAACAAUAAAUUGUGAACUAACCA